AUGAUCCCUGAAAGACGAAUUGUCACUCCUAAAGACCUUGAAAAAUGGGUCGAUUCCCCGCUGUACAAUAAGCUUGUCGACUUCACUGUGGCGCUUCAAACCCUGGCCCAGGGCCAUGAAAAUAACCAACCCGCCCAUGAUGGUAACGCCGCCUGCCACCUGCUUCUCAACGCAUUGAACCAGGUCGACGCUGCCAUCGACAACCACCCGGUAGUGAAAGAUGCUGAGCUUCUGCGGUUUGGGAAACCUGAAUUUCGCGAGUUUUACGAUGAUAUUCACUCUCAAUCUAUUACGUUGAUGCAAGCAGUGGUGGGGCCUGAACACGCUGAGGAGGUGGCGACUUACUUUGGCGAAGCAUUUGGAAACCGCACCCGCAUUGACUAUGGCUCGGGCCACGAACUUAACUUCCUCCUGGUGAUGGUAGCCAUGGAUACUGUUAAAGCCAUCACUGCCGACGACUACCUGUAUUUGGCAGUGGUGGUGUUUCCUCGCUACAUCAAAGUGAUGCGUCGCCUUCAACGCGUCUACUGGCUUGAGCCCGCAGGGCUGCAUGGUGUGUGGGGGCUUGAUGACUACCACUUCCUUCCCUUCCUCUUGGGGGCAGGUCAGCUCGCCCCUCACCCGCACAUGAAGCCGAAGCUGAUCCACAACAAGGAGUUGGUGGAGAUGUACGCUACACGCUACAUGUACUUUGAAUGCAUUGAUUUCGUCAACCACAUCAAGACUAUCCCCAACCACCAAGGGGAGCUCCUGCUCCGGUGGCACCUGCCGAUGCUCGACGAUAUCAGUGCGGCGAAACUGUGGAGCAAAAUUAACGACGGCAUGAUCAAAAUGUACAAAGCCGAGGUGCUUGGUAAGCUCCCCAUUAUCCAGCACUUUAUGUUUGGUUCGCUUAUCCCCGCUCCCGAGGGAGUGUCGCAGCCUCACGAACACGCCGUCGACGACAACUGCGGCCAUGUCCACGAUGCCGUCAAUACCUGGGGGGACUGCUGUGGAAUUAAAAUUCCUAGUGCUAUCGCUGCUAGUGAGUCGAUGAAGCAGCGCCCGUUGCCGUUUGAUUAA